AUGGGACUCCAAAACAUCAACCACGUCGUCCUCGUUCUGUCGGGGAAAGGUGGCGUGGGUAAAUCUAGUACAACCCUUCAACUUGCCCUCUCCCUCACCCAGCAGGGCCACAACGUAGGAAUUCUCGAUAUUGACCUUACUGGUCCAAGCAUACCCAGGCUUUUGAAUCUCGAAGACAAGAAAGUCACCCAGGCACCCGGAGGCUGGCUGCCUGUUAAGGUGCAUGAUGCCGUGAAAGGGACAUCGACCGAUGGCACAACUGGUGACCAAACCAACCAGUCCUCUCCUCCUGCCCGAGGCUCCCUCCACGCUCUGUCCCUUGCCUUCCUUCUCCCUACGCGCGAGUCGGCCGUGAUAUGGCGUGGGCCCAAAAAAACAGCCAUGAUAAGACAAUUUGUGUCCGACGUCUUCUGGCCUCCGAACACUGACUAUUUACUCAUCGAUACCCCUCCCGGGACAAGUGAUGAGCACAUUGCGAUCGUGGAGGAACUGCACAAGCUCGCCGCAGACGUGCAACCCAUAACAAGCGCAAAUGGAAACCUAGCGCUAGAUAUUGAUCCCAGGCCCAAACUCUCGGGCGCAGUUGUCGUCACCACUCCUCAAGCCAUCUCAACUUCAGAUGUGAGGAAAGAACUCAACUUUUGUGUCAAAACACAGGUCCCCGUCUUAGGGGUAAUAGAAAAUAUGGCUGGAUAUAUCUGCCCCUGUUGCAAUGAGAUUACGAACAUCUUCAGCAAAGGCGGCGGCGAAAUCAUGGCGAGGGAGACCGGCGUUCCAUUCCUAGGCUCCGUUCCAUUGGAUACUGGAUUCGUCGCAUUGGUUGAGGGUGUCGAGGAUGAUCAAAUUUCUGGACCUUCUACCGGUGGCUCGGAAUCCAGCCAGCCAACUGAGCUAGUUGAGCGAUAUAAAUCAUGUGGUCUGAAUCCGAUUUUUACCAAAUUUGCAGCGAAAAUUCACGAAAAGUUACAAACCCCGGUGAAUUCAGCUCCCUAA